AUGGAUAGUAACAAGAUUCAUUCGUUAUUUCCAUUAAAUGUUGCAAAUUCUAUACUAGCUGUUCCAUUCGAUGAUGUUAAAGAAGAUAAUUUAGUGUGGGAAGAUGAUAUGCAUGGUAAUUAUAGUGUCAAGUCAGGAUAUAAUUUGCUCUUAAAACCAACAGUUCAUGAAGCGACAAUGAGAGAAAAUGCAGAGUGGAAAUGGCUUUGGAAAAUUCAAGCACCACAGAAAACUAAACAUUUGUUAUGGCGUAUUUGCAAAGGGUGCUUACUGACAAAUGCUGCGUUUGACUGUAAUGAGGCUGGAAAGGCAGCAAUGUUGCUUUGGGUUUUAUGGCAAAACAGAAAUAAUUGGGUAUGGAAUAACAUGAAAGAACAAGGACAGCAAAUUGGCAUCAAUGCAAUGAGGCUUUGGGAUGAAUGGGAAAUUGUGCAGGCUGUCAAUAAUAGCAGCAGAGAAACCGACCAGCAGCAGUAUUCUUUGCAAUGGCAGCCACCAAGUCAAGGAAAAUAUAAAUGCAACGUUGAUGCGGGCUUUCACAACGAUGUAAGAAAAACAAGUGUCGGUUGGUGUGUUAGGGAUCACAGGGGAAAAUUUAUCUUGGGAGGAACCUCUUGGAUACAAGGUAGAUGUUCAACAAAUGAAGGGGAAGCAAUAGCAAUGCUAGAAGCAAUGAAGGAGCUGAGCCAAAAAGAUUUUAGAAAUGUUAUUUUUGAAACCGAUUCACAAAAUGUAGUGAAUGCAAUCGUCAUAUGA